CCCAAACUGAGGAGGUGUGGUUUUAACAUCUGUCGUAUAAGUAAGUAGUCCUCCGAUCCGCAACAGUGGAGCGCUACGCCUGCUUUGACCGUACAUUCCGGAUCAAACUCUAUAUGUGAGGAUUCAUCCAGAAACUGGUCAUCUUUUCUGCAGUGGAUUUCCAUUUUAUAAGAAAAAGACAGAAAGGAGAACCUCCGAUGGCAGCUUAAGAAUCACAUAUAUUGUUGACACUCCUGGAUGGAAAUACGGGCUCUGUGGAGGAGCUUAGCACAGGGAGGGAAACUUUUAGCAUCAUCGCACUCCUGAAGCUCAUGAGAGGCCCGGGCCAUGGGCUCUGACGCUCUGCAGCACCGUACACUCUUCCAGUACAAGCAGGAACAGGGCGCUGAGAUCGCCCUGCGGCCCGGAGACAUCGUCCCCCUGACCGGGACGCCCUUGCUGACCGAAGAGGACGGGGGGAGUGCCGCGUGCUGGCUGCAUGAGACCGGUGAGCGCACCAGCCAGAGGGACGACUUCCCCAGCGCCUUUGUGGAGUAUGGGGACUCCAGGCCGACAGAACCCCCAGGGGCCAAUCCAAGGCCCAGACCAGUCCCUCCAGCCCCAGGGGAACCUCAGCACGUUGGGGCCAUGUCUGCUGCUGGAGACUGCCCCUCGACUCUGGACCAGCGUGGGCUCCCUGAUCUGGAGGACACCCUGAGGCGAAGCUUAAGGAACCUUUCAUCACCGGUGGUCCCAGAUGUGGUUUAUAGUGAGAUGAUCUACAUGGCCCAAGAGAUUCACAGCUUGGAGGAGUGCGGUCAGCGGCUGAAGAAAAUCCUUGAGUCGCCCAGCAUUCCGCAGACCAAUUACCAGCUCCUGCUACACGUGACUGGGCACCUGUGUCGAGCUGCUCAGAGUAGGGCACGAUGCCAGGCGAGCCCCAGGAUGUUGGCCCAGGCCUAUGCUGAAGCCCUGUUCAAACAUUCUCAUUCCAGCGCCGCUGUGAACCCAGAGCAUCAUGCGAAGAUCCUCGAGGCCCUUAUCGUAGCCGGCGGCCUGACAGAAGUACCCGCUGCCCCAGCUCUUCCACCCAAGCCAGCCAAGCCCACGGCCCCCAGCAGCAUCAAGGAAGCAUCCGACUGCUCCCUCCAGGAGGCUGAGUGGUAUUGGGGAGACAUCUCCAGAGAGGAGGUCAACGAGAAACUUCGUGACAUGCCUGAUGGCACAUUCCUGGUCCGGGAUGCAUCCACCAAGAUUCAGGGUGAUUACACGCUGACCCUGAGGAAAGGCGGCAACAACAAACUGAUCAGGAUCUACCACAGGGAGGGAAAGUACGGCUUCUCUGACCCCCUCACCUUCGACUCCGUGGUGGAGCUCAUCCGGCACUACCAGAACGAGUCACUGGCCCAGUACAACACCAAACUGGAUGUCAAGCUCACGUACCCCAUCUCCCGCUAUCAGCAGGACCAGCUGGUGAAGGAAGACAGCAUUGAAGCUGUUGGGAAGAAACUCCAAGAAUAUCACAAUUAUUAUCAGGAAAAGAGCAAGGAGUAUGACCGGCUUUAUGAAGAGUACAGCAAGACCUCGCAGGAGAUUCAGAUGAAGAGGACCGCCAUCGAGGCCUUCAGCGAGACCAUCAGUAUCUUCGAGGAGCAGUUCCAGAAUCAGGAGCACUGCAGCCAGGAGUACAUAGAGCGUUUCCACAUGGACGGCAGUGACACGGAGAUGGAGCGGAUCCGAAUAAACUGUGAGAAGCUCAAGUCCCGUCUGGGGGAGAUCCAUGACAGCAAGUCCCGGUUGGAGCAGGACCUGAAGAGGCAGGCGCUGGACAACCGUGAGACGGACAAGAAGAUAAACAGCCUGAAGCCCGACCUGAUCCAGCUGCGCAAGAUCCGGGACCAGUACAUCCUCUGGCUCAAUCAGAAGGGUGUGCGGCAGAAGCAGAUCAACGAGUGGCUUGGAUUAAAACAUGAAAAUACUGACGACGCCUACUGCGUGGCCGAGGAGGACGAGAACCUACCCCACCAUGACGAGAAGAGCUGGUUUGUGGGCCCCCUGAACCGCCAGCAGGCCGAAGAGCUGCUGCUAGGGAAGCCAGAUGGAGCCUUUCUCAUCCGCGAGAGCAGCAAGCCAGGCUGCUACGCCUGCUCCGUGGUGGCGGACAGCGAGGUGAAGCACUGCGUGAUCUACAGCACAGCGAGCGGCUACGGCUUCGCCGAGCCCUACAACCUGUACGGCAGCCUGAAGGAGCUGGUGCUGCACUAUCAGCGUGCGUCGCUGGUACAGCACAACGACGCCCUCAAUGUGCGGCUCACCUUCCCCGUGCACUCGCUGGCGCCCCCGCUGCAGAGAUGAAGCCCUGCGCAGGGGGGCAGAAAAGGAAAAAUAGAGAAAACAAUGCUGCAACCCACGUGUGUCAGCUACCGUGGAGUUAUAGAAAUAUAUAAAUAUAUAUUUUUACCAGGACAAUUUUAGGGCAUUUCUUUCAAAACUGCUUGAAUUUGCACAUGGAAGGUUUCAGCGUCUGUGAAUGUGAAGAAGAAGAGGGACCUGAGUUUGGGGACCCCGCUGCCCAGACUUCAGCCGGGACUCUCAAACGCUUUCAUUCUCCUCCUUUUUAUUUUUUCCUUCCUUCUGCUAUUUGUUUGUCUCGAUGUAUUGCUGUCGGACAGCCACACACAUAGAAAAUCGUACCGUUUUCAUUUAGUUUUCUUCCGCUUCCGCUCGACAUGAAAGGUUAAUGUAGAAUGUGGCCGGUCAGCGGAGGGGGCAGGACAUGUGAGAGUAGCAGCCUGUGGGAGCCUCUAGCCAGCCUCAGUGCAUCCUCCUGCCUGCAUCAGACUGGACUUUGGAAAGUGCAUAACCUUUGUUGUUAAGGAUGAGUUUAUUAUUAUUAUUGUUAUUAUUAUUGUGAUUGCUUCUUUCUGAAAGCUUUAGCCAAGCAGAGAAAUAAUGGGGGGGGGACAUCUAUCCAGAAUUAUAGUUGGGGACAUCAGUAAUUCCAAAAGAAAACUCAAAAGUUGUAAGAGGUAAAAUUUUGUCCUGCAGAGGAAAGCGGAGGGUGGUGCUGUGGAGAAGGUGUCCUUCGUUAAUCAGCUUCUUCCACGAAGGCACCAGCAUCGCCUGGCUGAAGCACUUAUUUGGAAAUAGCAGCAUCUGCAGUCUCACAUUCUCCAGAGCGAGUCUCAGAGCGUGAGCCGAACGAUGGUUUUGCAGAUUUACAGGACUGCAAGAAACAAAAAUGGGCAAAAUAACCGGGACUGUUACGUACUGUUUGUGUCACUCGACACCUGACAGCAUUCGUAUAAUUCUGCAUGAAGGAAGCAUGGAGGAUAGCAAGAAGGAGGACUUGGUACGUGCGUGUGACACUGGUGACGUGACGCGUUACAAGUGGAACAGAAGCAGAGCGAUGCACUAAUUAAAGGCACAGAAGAAUGGUAACCAGUUAACAGGUGUCUCAUUUAAAAUUGUUUUUUUAAUUGCUUAAUUGUCUUUAUAGUUGAUUAUAUCCGUUCAUGCAUUAUCAGUUUAACAAAAGCCUUUAGUGCGUAUAGGUUUUAUGUUAAAUUAGAUUUAUUUUAAGCUGGACAGUAUUUUCUAGCAAUAUUACAGUGCCUUGGAGAUUGUUCCGGGCGUCCGCUGAAAAGAAAUGAAUAUUUGAGACAGGAAAUCGAACAGUAAACUCUCAGUCUGCUGCACCAGACUGUUGAAAUUCUCCACUUUGGUGCUCUGUCCAAAGUUUAAACUUUUUGAAGUUUAAAAUGUCACUGGAAGUAAAACUUAAUAAAAUGAAAAAUGCCUCAUUGAGGAUGAGCUGUAUACAUUACAUUAGUGGUCACAUGGGUUAUUUCUGAUUGGCUAAGGUACCAAGACCGUCAUUGGUCUUGUUUAUUGCAAUUGUCUAUACUGCUACAAUGUUGAUAUGAAAGGCCAAUGGGACACCCUGCCAAAAGUCAUGUGACUCCAGUCUGCCUCUAAAAGCAAGACUGUUUAAAGGAUGUUAGCUAAUAACAGUGGUGUGGAGAGGGUUCACCUUAUUGUUUAGACAAUGGCGCUGCUCGGCCUCACUCCAGACGACGUCCCUUGGUGCGGUCUGUUGUCCUGGGAUGCUGAUGGGGAGAUCCCCCCCGAAAGGUCAUCCUAAGGGCGAGCGAUCGUUGGUUUGAAUGUUCCAGCGAUGGACUCAGGCCCUGAAUAACUGCGGCUGUCCAGCCCCAUGUGCACGUCCCUGGUGGCAGUGCUUUUAAUUUUAGUCCUUGGUUCUUCCCUUUUCUGGGGGUGCUUUUAUUUUGAAUUUAUAUUAACCAGGAUCCUUCAAAGGGCCCAUGCGUUCUAUACUACUUGAACUAUUGCAUUGCUCACUGUUGAAUGUUAUUGAUACAAUAGAAGCUUAUAUAAAAAUGACAGAUUCUCAUAGCUGACGGUACUUGGGCUGAGGUAACCAGAUGGUCUCUGAGGCAAAAAAACCAUGUUAAUAUUUGGAUCUUUUGGUGGUGCUUUGGAGGUCCAGAUUGGACAGGUGCUGAAGCGCAUGCUGCAGCCGUUUUGGGCUGGAAGGUGAGGUUCUCCGCUCAGGCUAAGCCAGCCGAUGACUUUCUCAUGUUCCUUACCUUUUGUCUUUGGUAAUUUUCAUGUAUUUUUGGCCUUUACGAUUUUCACUUGGCUUUUCAGACCAAAGACUUAAGUUGAAUCAGUCGUAUUUAACACUCUCUAUAAAAGUUCUGGAUUUCCCCUGAAAAUCACAGAAAAGCCACUGUGAAGCUCUAUGGUCAUUUAACUUUAUUACUUUUCCUCUAGAUUAUUAUUAUUUUAAAAUAGUAAAAUUAUGGCUUAUGUACCUUGGUGGUUAAGGUAAUCUGAAUAUGAAUGCAACUGAGAUUGUCACAGCAUCACAAAGGUGUACCGGGGUUUUUUAUGGUAGAAAACAUAUUUUUCAACAAACCAAAAGGAGCAAUUAAAACCAAGGUUUGAUUAAUGUCUGUGUUUCUCAAGGUUUCCUAGUGCCACUGGUUACCUGGCUACUUAAAUAAAAUAAUAGGUAAAUGACAGCCCCACUACUUUUAAAAAGAACAAAAAAAGCCUGCUUCUAUUAAUAUGCAUCUAUUUGCAGAUCUUAGUGAAAAUAGCUGAGAGUAAUAUCACUCUCUCUACAGCUAGGAAUUGCCUGUAUCAGUAAUUUCAGAUAUGUUGUUUUUUUUUUUUUACAAGAAUGUGAUUGUCCUCUGCAGGCCAGAAAGCAGUCAGAUUCGUUCAUUUUGAGGAGCGUUACCCAGGAAACAUUUGUCUCUGGAUUUCAACAUCAGAAGAUGGAGUUUUGGAGGGUAACUGGUGUGGGGUUGAGUCAGACGGUGGAUUGAGUUAAAUAGUAUCGAUCGGAGGAGGUGAAGGACCAGCCGCGUGGUGCUGAAGUGGUCCUGAGAAGUGUAGCUUUCCUAUUAAUGUUUUUUUUUUUUUUUUUUUAGUUUUAAUUUUUUUCUUAUGAAGCUCUGCAAAGUUUUAUUUGCAGUGGCCUUAAUUACAUUAAUUAUUUUAUAAGUUUUUUUUUCCCCAGCCCAGCUUAAAGGGACAGCUGUGUCAUUAAUCCAUUAGUUUCGUUUUCGUACCCGUUUCCCGACAUGCAUACAGAAAUACAGCAUGAAUCUUUGGAACUCUUGACCUGUUGUUUUGUGUACAAAACAAAAAAAGAAAAAAAAAUGAACAAAAUUUUGUGUUUUAUGGUGUAUUCAGAUCUGAAUUAAAUGCUUACAAAACGAGAAAAAGGGUCACUGUUUCCAGCUAAGACACAUUAGAGCCAUGUACAGCUGUUUAAAAAUAUAUACAAAUAUAUCUUGAAAAAAGUGUAAUACUAAGAAAGAGGGCUUGCUUAUGUUUACAGACCAAUCGAUGUCUGCAAGAUUAUCGUUUCGCUUGCGAAACAUCUGUCUACUUACAUACUUGUACAACUUCAGAGAUCUGUUUCCAGAUACGGCUCUGGGGCGGCUCGAGAGACUUGCUCCUCCGCACCAGCAUCCCGUCCAUACAGGGCGCAGUUUUAUAAGUUUUAAUGGUCUUAAGAUUUAUAAGCAAUAACCAGGCAUUAGCCCAGGCCCUGCAGCUAAACAGGUCGCCCUGCUAAUGUGCUUCUGCUCUCAGUCCGAACCCCCCCCCCCCCCCCCCAUCCUGCCGUACUUGUACCUUUUUACCUCUUAAGCAUCUCAUCUCAAUCUCCAGUCAAAGACCUCUUUCUCAGUAUUAAGUGUCACAUUCGCUUCAGGCUUUGUUCGUUUUGUUUGUCUGUCGCAGUACCGUUUGUAUUGGUCGUUGAAUAUCCAUUUGUUAUUGGACGAUUUUUGUGUACGCCAUCAAAUACACUCCGCGAUGCUCAUUUCCCGUGCAAAAUAAAAGAAAAUAUUUUGUUCAGCU